GGCACUGAAUUUUUUUUCCCAAUUUGGGCGGGUAGCUACAAUGCCAAAGAAACCGAAAAAGAGAAAUUUAGAAGUAUUCCAAUGAGCAGCGACGCCGAAAUGGACGAUAACCCCGUCGUUCUCGCCGCCGCGGACGACAGCGGCGCUACUGCAGCUACUGCUGCUGGCGAUGUUGAGGAGCAGGACGACGCCGUCGAGGCGGCGGCCGUUGGAGAGGGAAGCGGCGGCGGCCGCCGAGUGGGGAGGAAGUACGGGGACAGGGUGAAGGGGCCGUGGUCGCCGGAGGAGGACGCGGUGCUGAGUCGGCUGGUGAGCAACUUCGGGGCAAGGAACUGGAGCUUGAUUGCCCGAGGAAUCGAGGGGAGAUCGGGGAAGUCGUGCCGGCUCAGGUGGUGUAAUCAGCUCGAUCCCAACGUCAUGCGCAUACCUUUUACUGAUGAAGAGGAUCGCUUAAUAGUUAAGGCCCACGCUAUUCAUGGAAACAAAUGGGCAUCAAUUGCUAGGCUUCUGCCUGGUAGAACAGACAAUGCGAUCAAGAACCACUGGAAUUCUACCCUCAGUCGGCGGGGCAUGGGACGCUUCAACUCCAAGUUGGAACCUAGCAACGUGGCGGAAGACCUUAGCCUUGACAAAUCCAAAGCAUCAUCUGAGGAAACUUUAUCCUAUGGAGAUGUCAAUUCAUUAAAGCCCUUGGAAGGACAAGAUGUCAGCUCUAGAGCAAGUGUGGAAGAACAGUUGGAAGACAAGGCUCAACCACAAGGUCAAUCUACUAAUAAAGUAAAUGGUCCACCUACUCUUUUCCGCCCUAUGGCACGUGUUAGUGCAUUUAAUGCAUAUAAUCCUUUGGAGGGUCCAGAAACUGUCCCUCCGCUUCCACAGCCUAUACCCAUCCAAGAGCCUAUGGUUCAAGCCUUGAGACCAGAUGCUGGGGUCUACAAAUUGCUUGAAGGAGCUUAUCGAGAGCCAUUAAUACCUCACCAAUGUGGCCAUGGUUGCUGUGAGACGGAAAGUAGGGAAAAACCUCGAAUUUCUUUGCUCGGGCCCGAGUUUGUUGACUUUGCAGAGCCUCCAUUAUUUCCAAGUCAGGAAUUGGCUGCAAUAGCUACAGAUAUAAGUAACAUUGCUUGGCAGAAGAGUGGGUUGGAAAGUAGCAGUGUCAGAGCAGUUGAAAACCUCAAUCUUAGGUUUUCUUCUGGAGGACCUCUUGUCCAAAUGGAUCAUUUCGAAGAGAGGAGAAAGAAGGGCCAGUUUAAUUUCGAAGAGGGGAAGAACAACUUAAUGGGCAUGAUGACCGAUGUGCUAUCAACCUCUAAUGGUAGGCAACGCCUUUCUGUAUCAGCUAAAGUUGGAGGCUGGACUUGAUAUGAGCUUGCAUUCUCAUAACCAUACUGAACUUCUAUAACAGGAGUGCUAUGAUCUAGGUGAAAAUGUGCAAGUCAUUCUAGUGAUGAGAGUUGAGCCUAAAGCUAGAAGUCAUGGGAAAAGGAGAUCCAUCUGAUGGAUUAGGUAUGAGAUUGAUUUGGUGGUUAUUUUUCUAUGACGGAACGGGGAAAACCUAACUGUUAAAGAUGUAUGUUGUAUUGUACUUAUAUAUUAUUGCUUCCUUGGUUUAUGCAAUGGUGCACCAAUAUUUAUUA